UUAAUUCACUUUCAUUUUCAUUCUCUCUGCUGAGUAACAGUGGCAUCUCGUCGUUUCGACGAUCACAACGGGAUAUUGUCUUUAUAGUCGUACUUAGGUCCCACAAUAGUGGGAGUAAGACAUAAACUUUAUUGCAAACAGUUUUUUUGUUUAAGUUUUGCACCAAUAAGACAAAUCGACACAAUUAUUCUGCAACAAUGACUUCCUUAGACAUGAGUCCCGCCUCUAAAAAACAGGUGGAUGGAUUCGCUCAGAAAAUUACCAAAGAGGCCGAACAAUUGGUCUCAAACUUUUUCCCCAAAAAGAUCGCAGAAAUGGACAAUAUAUUAAAGGCAUCACUGAGCCUGAAGGAUCUGUCUGUCAUCAAGGCUACUUUGGAUAUUCCAAUCCCAGACCCUGCCAAAGAGGAGCUCAAGAAAAAGAAGAAAGAGGAGAAAGCUGCAAAAGAGGGGAAGAAAGAUGAAAAGAAGGAUGAAGACAGCGAUGAAGGUCCUCCAUGUGGUCCUGUUGCCUGCAAUGAGACCGUAGAGAAACUCCUCAAACAGAUUAAGCCUGAAAUUCAGACUCUAAAGGAGUGUCUUAACACGGUGUCAAUGUGGUUACAGCUACAGAUCCCCAGAAUUGAAGAUGGGAACAAUUUCGGAGUUGCUGUACAGGAAAAGGUUUUUGAAUUGCUUACCAGUACUCGUACCAAGAUUGAGGGAUUCCAGACACAGAUUUCCAAGUACUACAGUGAAAGGGGAGAUGCUGUAGCCAAGGCUUCCAAACAGCCACAUGUGGGAGAUUACAGACAACUCGUUCAUGAACUGGAUCAGUACCAGUAUUGUGAGUUACGCAUCAUAGUCCUGGAGAUUUGCAACACUUACGCUGUGUUGUAUGACGUCAUCAUCAAGAAUCUUGACAAGAUUAAGAAACCCAGAGGAGAUUUAUCUUCAAAAGCGCUCAUCUACUGAGAAACCGAGCCAAUUUGCACUGAAAAGACACACAAACACACACAUUUACAGAAAGUGAAACAUGUCAUAUUCAUAUUCACAGUGCAUUUACUAGAUCUUUAAUUUCAUGCAUCAAAAGAAUCUACUGUUUUACAGUUUUUACUCAAUAAAAAGGUGAUAAUA